GGAAGCGGAUCGCGUGGAGUGACGGUCCCACGGCAGCGCAUGCCCUGUAUGGACUUUUGAGGAACUGGGUACUGACAAACCUGAACAGGAGUUGCUCCUGGUUUUGAUUCUGCUUCUACUGGUGCAUGAUUUACAGCUAACCCAGGGCCUGGCUCUAUCGCCCAGGAUGGAGUGCAGCGUGAUCUCUUCUAACUGCAGCCUUGACCUCCUGGGCUUAAGCGAUCCUCCUACUUCAGCUUCCUGUGUAGCUGGGACCACAGGCAUGAGCCACCAAGUCAGACAAGAUUGACUUAUAAACACCUUGGUAUGUGAGGAAGAAACCCAGAAGAGGAAGAGGAAAGCAAAGGAGUCAGGGAUGGCUCUUUCUCAGGGUCUAUUGACAUUCAGGGAUGUGGCCAUAGAAUUCUCUCAGGAGGAGUGGAAAUGCCUGGACCCUGCUCAGAGGACUCUAUACAGGGACGUGAUGUUGGAGAAUUAUAGGAACCUGGUCUCCCUGGAUAUCUCUUCCAAAUGCAUGAUGAAGGAGUUCUUGUCAACUGCACAAGGCAAUAGAGAAGUGUUCCACACAGGAACAUUGGAAAGACAUGAAAGUCAUCACAUUGGAGACUUUUGCUUUCAGGAAACUGAUAAAGAUAUUCAUAACUUAGAGUUUCAGUGGCAAGAAGAUGAAAGAAAUGGCCAUGAAGUACUCAUGACAGAAAUCAAAAAGUUGACUGGUAGUACAGACCAAUAUAAUCAAAGUCAUGCUAGAAACAAGCCUAUUAAAGAUCAGCUUGGAUCAAGCUUUUAUUCACAUCUGCCUGAACUCCACAUAUUUCAGACCCAAGGGAAAAUUGAUAAUCAAGUUGAGAAGUCUAUCAACAAUGCUUCCUCAAUUUCAACAGCCCAAAGAAUUUCUUGUAGGCCCAAAACCCAUAUUUCUAAUAACUAUGGGAAUAAUUUCCUGAAUUCUUCGUUACUCACACAAAAACAGGAGGUACGCAUGAGAGAAAAGUCUUUCCAAUAUAAUGAGAGUGGCAAAGCCUUUAAUUAUAGCUCACUCUUAAGGAAACAUCAGAUAAUCCAUUUAGGAGAGAAACAAUAUAAAUGUGAUGUAUGUGGCAAGGUCUUUAAUCGGAAGCGAAACCUAGCAUGCCAUCGUAGAUGUCACACUGGUGAGAAACCUUACCGGUGUAAUGAGUGUGGCAAGACCUUCAGUCAGACGUAUUCCCUUACAUGCCAUCGUAGACUUCAUACUGGAGAGAAACCUUACAAAUGUGAAGAAUGUGACAAAGCUUUCAGUUUCAAAUCAAACCUUAAAAGACAUAGGAGAAUUCAUGCUGGAGAAAAACCAUACAAGUGUAAUGAAUGUGGCAAGACCUUUAGUCAGACGUCAUCCCUUACGUGCCAUCGUAGACUUCAUACUGGAGAGAAACCUUACAAGUGUAAUGAGUGUGGCAAGACCUUUAGUCGGAAGUCAUCCCUUACAUGCCAUCAUAGACUUCAUACGGGAGAGAAACCUUAUAAGUGUAAUGAAUGUGGCAAGACCUUCAGUCAGGAGUUAACCCUUAAAUGCCAUCGUAGACUUCAUACUGGAGAGAAACCUUACAAGUGUAAUGAAUGUGGCAAGGUUUUUAAUAAAAAAGCAAACCUUGCACGUCAUCAUAGACUUCAUAGUGGAGAGAAACCCUACAAGUGUACUGAGUGUGUCAAGACGUUCAGUCGAAAUUCAGCACUUGUAAUUCAUAAGGCUAUUCAUAUUGGAGAGAAACGUUACAAGUGUAAUGAGUGUGGCAAGACGUUCAGUCGAAUUUCAGCCCUUGUAAUUCAUACAGCAGUUCAUACUGGAGAGAAACCUUACAAGUGUAAUGAAUGUGGCAAGGGUUUUAAUCGAAAAGCUCACCUUGUGUGUCAUCAUAGACUUCAUACUGGAGAGAAACCUUACAAGUGUAAUGAAUGUGGCAAGGUUUUUAAUCGAAAAACACACCUUGCACAUCAUCAUAGACUUCAUACUGGAGAUAAACCUUACAAGUGUAAUGAAUGUGGCAAGGUUUUUAAUCAAAAAGCACACCUUGCACGUCAUCAUAGACUUCAUACUGGAGAGAAACCUUACAAGUGUACUGAGUGUGGCAGGGUUUUUAAUCAAAAAGCAAACCUUGCACGUCAUCAUAGACUUCAUACUGGAGAGAAACCUUACAAGUUUAGUGAGUGUGGCACAGUUCUUAAUUGAAAAGCAAAGCUUGCACAUCAUCAUACAAUUCAUACUGGAGAGAAACCUUAUAAAUGCAAUGAGUGUGGCAAGACCUUCUGUCACAAUUCAGUCCUUGUAAUUUAUAAGAAUUCAUACUGGAGAGAAACCUUACAAGUGUAAUGAAUGUUGCAAAAUUUUUAACCAACAAGCACACCUUCCACGUCAUCAUAGACUUCAUAGUGGAGAGAAACCUUAGAAAUGUGAAGCAAGUGACAAAGUUUACAGUCACAAAUCAAGCCUCGAAAGACAGGAGAAUUCAUACUGGAGAGAAAGCUUACAAAGGUGAAGAAUGUCACAAAGUUUUCAGUCACAAGUCAAACCUUGAAAGACAUAAAAUAAUUCAUACUGCAGAGAUACCAUAAAAUUGUAAGAGUUUGUGACAAGGCUUUCGGGCAUGAUUCACACCUGGCACAACAUCCUAGAAUUUAUACUGGAGAGAAACCUUACAAGUGUAAUGAGUCUGGCAAAGCCUUAAUGAGCAGUCAACACUUAUUCACCAUCAGGCAAUCCAUGGUGAAGGAAACUUUACUGAUGUAUUGAUUGUCACCAAGUCUUCAGUAAUGCUACAACCUUUGCAAAUCACUGGAGAACCCAUAAGGAAGAGAGAGCAUAGAAGUGUAAUAAUUGGCAAAUUUUUCAGACAUCGUUCAUACCUUGCAGUUUGUCGGUGAACUCACGCUGGAGAGAAACCUUACAAAUGUCAUGAUUGAGGCAAGGUCUUCAGUCAAGCUUCAUCCUAUGCAAAACAUAGGAGAAUUCAUACAGGAGAGAAACCUCAAGUGUGAUGAUUGUGGCAAAGCCUUUACUUCACGUUCACACCUCAUUAGACAUCAGAGAAUCCAUACUGGACAGAAAUCUUAAAAAUGUCAUCAGUGUGGCAAGGUCUUCAGUCUGACUUCACUCCUUGCAGAAUAGUAGAAAAUUCAUUUUUGAGGUAAUUGUUCCAAAUGCAAUGAGUAUAGCAAACCAUCAAGCAGAAAUUGACAUUAAAGUGUUUACGUUAAGGGGAUUGGGCCGGGUGCAGUGUCUCACGCCUGUAAUCCCAGCACUUUGGGAGGCCAAGGUGGGUAGAUCACUUGAGGUCAGGAGUUUCAGAUCAGUCUGGCCAACAGACACGAGCCACUUUUCCCAGUUUGCUUUUUGUUCUGUAACAAAAACGAUAGGGAUUUUUAUGGAUAUUGUGUUGAAUCUAAAUCACAUUGGGUUAUAUAAUCAUUUAACAAUAUUAAUUUUUCCAAACCAUCAAUAUGGGUUAUAUGUCUGUAUAUGUUUUUAAUCAUAUUGAUCUAUGUUCGUAGAUUUCAAGGUACAAACUUCUCACCUUUUUACUUUUAUUCCUAUUUCUUACUUUAAGUUCUCUAGCAAAUGGAAGUGUUUUUAAAUUUUCUUUUAAAAUUGUAUAUUGUUAAUGUAUGGAAAUUCAACUGAUUUUUGUUGCUGAUAUUGUACUGUGCAGAUACACUGAAUGUGUUUGUUACUUCCAGUAGUAUUUUGGUUGAGUCUUUGUGAUUUUCUACACAGAAGAUCAUGUCGCCUACAAACAAAUAUAAUUUUACUUCUUUCUUUCUGAUUUGGACGUGUUUAAUUUUGUUUGCUAUUUCAUUGCUCUGGAUAGGACAGCCAGUAUUUAUUGAAUAGAAGGGGUGAGAGCAUUCUUCCAUCACUUGAGAUCCUACAGGAAAAUCAUUCCAUGUUCCCUGCUUCAUUAUCUACUCGUUGGUCAUUUCAUGGAUGGUCUAUUGUUGAGGUAAAUUUCCUUUUCUAUCUAUUUUGUUCAGGAUUUCUAUGAUGAGUGGAUUUUGAAUUUUGUGAAAUGCUUUUUCACCAUCUAUUGAGAUGAUGUGGUUUUCAUCUUUCAUUCUGUUCAAGUGGUAUGUCACAUUGAUUUGCUUGAAUAUGUUGAACCAUCUUUGCAUCCCAGAAAUAAAUGGCACUUGAAUAUCUACAAUCCUUUUUAUGUCCUCUUGAAUACAGCUUUUUAGUACAAGGGGUCUUCAAGAAGUUCAUGGAAAAAUACAUAUUUUGCAUAUUAUGAGAAAAUUGUGUGUGAAUUUCCCAGUUUUUGCACCAAAAUAAACUGGUACAAAUCUGUUAUAACAUGUCUGAACAGGCUGUAGUUUGAGGCACUCAGAAGGAUAAGACAUGAGUUUUAAAAGACACUCUAUCUGCCGGGAGCAGUGGCUCAUGCCUGUAAUCCCAGCAUUUUGGGAGGCCGAGGUGGGCGGAUCACCUGAGAUCCAGAGUUCGAGACCAGCUUCACCAACAUGGAGAAACAGCAUCUCUACUAAAAAUACAAAAUUAGCCAGGCGUGGUGGUGCAUGCCUGUAAUCCCAGCUACUCUGGAGGCUGAGGCAGGAGAAUGGCUCAAACCCGGGAGGCAGAGAUUGCUGUGAGCCGAGAUUGCACCAUUGCACUCCAGCCUGGUCAACAAGAGCGAAACUGCAUCUCAAAAAAAGAAAGAAAAGAAAAGAGACUCUUAUCAAAGCAAUAUAAAUCCCGCUAAAAUUGAAACAAAAA